AUGGGGGGCGAGCCGCCAAUAUGCGAACAGAAGGACGUUGUCUACCUAACAGCCGAUACCGACAACACGAUUGACAUUCUAGAGCCCGGUAAAGUUUAUGUGAUUGGCGGUAUCGUGGACCGAAACAGGUACAAGCACCUAUGCGCUAAAAAGGCUGAAGCUCUUGGACUGUCUGUUGCACGGCUUCCGAUUGAUCCCUCUUAUUUAGAUGGUCAAAAGAUGCAAGCACGAAAAGUACUGACAGUUAAUCAAGUGUUCUCCAUUCUUAUAGGAUGGACCGAAACGCGCGAUUGGACAGCUGCACUCAAGCGCGGUCUCCCCACUCGCAAAUUCGAUACAGUUAUUGGGAAUGAGCUUGAGAAGGACGAAGUUGAAUGUUCAAACCAGGACGACAACGAAAGUGCGAGUAUCGAAUGUGGAACAUCCUUGUAG